AUGAAUUGUGGAGUCCGUAAGAUCGUCAACUACUUCUUUCUAGCCUGUCUGUGUGUUUGUCUGGCUGUUGAGAAUGACACGACGACGGAAGAUCCCAACGCGUCAGGACUUGGCAAGUCAAGAAAGAAACGGAGAGGAUGUAAGUGUGUCCAAAGAUACAUGGCCGAAGUCGACACAUUAAUUGAUUUAAAACUCAAGGAAUUUAAAGAUGUCUACCUGCUACCGACUUUAAACGAUAAAAAAGAGUCGGAAGCUCAGAGAAUGAGGGAUGCCCUCCUUCGAUUGAGCGGGGAUGUUGCUGAAACCAAGAACGCAUUGCGGAUCAUGACCACCAACAUGGCGUCUAUGCUGGAGGACAUGAACUCCACGCAGAAGGACCAAGCCAAGCUGUCUCGGCAGUUGAACAGGAUCACUGGCGCCGUGGCUAACUUGACCAAAUAUGUGGAUACCAUGGAACAACGGCUGGCCAAACGGUCCAUCGACAACUCGGCCAAUGAAAUCACUGACCUGGAGACCAGCACACAGCCUCGGCCAAUGCCCCGACAAUGCCAGGAAGUGUUUGAUCAAGGCGGAAUGCGCUUCAUGGGAGACUAUUACAUUAUGAUCAAGCCAGCGGGCGUCUCUCAUGCCUUUAAAGUACUCUGCAAGAUGGUGAACAAUUCCGGGUGGACUGUCAUUCAAAAACGCCAGGAUGGUUCGGUGGAUUUCUUCAGAGGUUGGGAGGAAUACAGGCGUGGGUUCGGAUCCCUGGAGGGAGAGUUUUGGUUGGGAAAUGAUAAUAUUCAUUUCUUGACAGCGCAAG